AGGGUCAUCGCCAAUUUCUCCCCUCCGGCCCCGAACCUUGGACUUCUACCGUGGCACCGAUUGCAUGAAGUCCCGGCAUCGUUCUACCAACACAAACCCCUCUGCAUGCAAAGCUAUGGUCUCUCGCGAUCUCAGUUGAUUAUGUGUCAUCAGCACUUCGACCACAUGCCCAUCAUCAGCAUCGGAGCACGGAUUGGCAUCCUGCAGUGUGAAGAACAAUUCAAAUACCGCCACUGGAAUUGUUCUUCUGGAAAAGAGGCUUUCUCCCUUGGGACGCGGGAGGCGGGCGUCGCGCACGCCAUCUCGUCUGCGGGCGCCGUCCACGCGCUGGCGCGCAGCUGCAAGGAGGGUCGCAUCGCGAGCUGCGGCUGCAGCCGGGCCGAGCGACCCCAACAGCUCCACAGGGACUGGAUUUGGGGCGGCUGCGGCGACAACAUCGACUACGCCUACCGAUUCUCGAAGGCCUUUGUGGACAUUCGGGAGAAGGAGAAGAGCUUCCCGCGCAACUCCCUUGGUCUGGCACGCAAACUCAUGAACCUGCACAAUAAUCGAGUUGGCCGAUUGGCCACCGUGGCUUGCAAGUGUCAUGGCAUGUCCGGAUCGUGCAGUUUACGGACCUGCUGGACCCAGUUGUCACCGUUCCCCAGGGUCGGUCAGCGUCUUCAGGAAAGCUACGAGAACGCAAUUAAAGUUAAGUUCAAUAGGCGCGGAACCCAACUGCAACGAGCGAACCGCCAUCUUCGGCAAGUCACAUCUGAUCACCUAAUUUACUUUGAGGACUCACCAAAUUUCUGCGAGGUGAACCCUUUGACGGGAAAGACGCACACUUCAGGACGGGAGUGUCUAUUUCAAGGUCAUGAAAGCGAGCGGUGCACGGUCCUCUGCUGUGGUCGGGGUCACCGAACUUACACCCGCGAGGUCAGGGAACGCUGCUACUGCCAAUUUCACUGGUGCUGUUCCGUUGAGUGUCAGACUUGCAUUCGGAAAGAAGAAGUUCAUAUCUGCAAUUAG